AUGAAUCUCCUGCACUUGGCCCUCCUCGCAGCGUCUGUUAGGGUUUGCUCGGGGUCGGUUAAACGUGGCUUGAUAUACAUCCCCAACGAGGCCUGGCCACAAGACGAUAGCGUGUGGAUUCAAGAUGGCUCUACGUUGACCUGGUACUAUACGUACGGCGAUCAACCGAACCCCAGAUACAAGUCGCCGCAAUCAGCGCUCGAGUUCGUCCCUAUGAUGUGGGGCAUGGGGGGUAACCCAGACGAUACGAGCUUCCGCGACUCCAUCAUUAAACAGCUGGAAGCCGGUGCUAAUAUUCGUUACGUUUUGAGUUUCAAUGAGCCCGACAUGCGGUCAGACUGGGGUGGCAGUAAUAUUGAGCCCGCAAAGGCUGCACGAGGCUAUAUCGCGAACAUGCUUCCUCUGAAAGAGCGUGGAAUUAAGAUUGGACUUCCAGCUGUUUCCGGCGCGAGCUGGGGCAUUCAGUGGCUUCGUGAGUUCGCCGGUAACUGCACGGAGGUGUUGAACGAAAAGUGUCAAUACGACUUUCUCCCAGUCCACUGGUAUGGCAAUUUCGGAGGGCUGAAGGCGCAUAUUGAUGAAGCAACGCACGAGUAA